AUGAUCUUCAAAGGAGUUCUCGCUGCUGGCUUCAUAGCCGCAGUUUCUGCUGCGCCGGCGCCUCAAGUUACGGGUACAUCAUCGUCGACCACAUCCAGUUCAUCCUCUUCGUCCUCUUCGUCAUCCUCGUCUUCCAGUUCAUCUUCCGGUGGAGCUGCUACGUCCUACUCCUACCCUCAAUCGACCUCUGUCAAUAGCGCCGCCGUCUCGUCUGCCGCCUCGUACGCUGGCAUUCCAGUCUCCGAACUCCCAGGUGCCACCGAUGGCGUUGUGCCACUCGUGAGCAGCGAGGUCACUGGGACGACAAGCCACGGCCCGUACAGUGGUACACCAACCACAACGGGGGCUGUCAGCAACUCGCCUCUUGCAACGGCUAUCCCGGUCCUGCCACCCAACGCGACCGAGCUCACCUACAGCCCCAACGGCUCUCUGCACAACCCGCAGCCUAUUCCGUAUCAACCAGCUGGGGGUCUUGGUACAAGCGGCACCGAGCCUGUCUACCGUGUCCAGUCCGACUUUGACUAUGAGUCCAUCCUUCUCGGCUUGUACCAGGAGUGGAUCGAGCUCGAUCUCUUCCACUACAUCCUCGCCACCUUCUCCGAGGCCGACUUUACCGCUGCCGGGUUGACCGCCUCUGACCGAUACCUUAUCGAGUUCAUGGCCGAUCAGGAGGCUGGCCACGCCACUCUCCUCUCCAACCUGCUCGGCGGGCCUGGUGGCGCAACACCGCAGUGCACAUACAACUACCCCUUCACGACUGUGCCCGAGGCCUUCGACUUCGCCCAGAAGGUGACGCGCUUCGGUGAGUCUGGAGUGUGGGGCUUCCAGGCGCACUUGGACUCCCGCGAGGUUGCUCAGCUCCUCUCGCAGUCCAUCGCAACCGAAGCUCGUCAACAGAUGAUCUUCCGUCAGUUCCGGGGUCUCUUCCCCAUGCCGGUAUGGUUCGAGACUGGAAUUCCACAGUCGUGGGCCUGGACUCUGCUCGCACCGUACAUCUCUUCCUGCCCACCGAACGCGAAGCGUCUUGCGUGGCAGAACUUCCCGGCCCUUCACGUCUUGAACCAGCCUAACAGUGCUCGUCGCAAUGCAAGCCAGACCGGCACCAACGAGACGGUUGGAUGGGGUCCCGCGGCACCAAGCUCGGAUGUUCCCGCAAACCAGUCUUGCAUCGCCAACAACGUGACUGGUUUCGACUGCUCGGCCGCGAUCUCGCAGAACCGAACAAUUCCCCUGUCCUACCCAGGCCGCCCGGUCUACCUCCAGUGGGAGAACCCGGGCCAGCGCGUCGGACCGAACAAUUCGUACGUCACGGCCAGCAACGCCAGCACGCCGGCAUGGGUUCUGUGGGUCACGCAACUCAACACCACCUACUCGCCUCUGACCAACAUCACGCGAUUAAACGGCACGAACUAUGGCCAAACCAUCCAGCCUGAUGUUUCGACUUACGAGGGUGACCCUGCGGUCAAUGGAACCAUGUUCAUUGCCAUCACGGACACCAACACCACCUACACGCCCUUCAACCUCAGCAGCGUCAACCCACACGUCGUUGCCGGCCCCUUCCUCUACCAGGCCGGAUAA